AUGGUAGAGCGUAGUAGCACAACUGUCACCCAGGAAUCUCACCUCGAAACGAGUGCGAUCCAGGACACGGCUGUGAUUGGAGAAAAGGAGAACAGAAUUUACACACUAACUAACGGUGAUAUGUUGUUUAGCACAGACUUGCUUAACCAGGAUAGAAACAAGGAGAAGGAUACCAAGAAGAGGCAGUGUAAGAAGCGUAUUCUGGUUGAUGAUAAUGGCCCUAAACAGGUUGAGUAUGGCUUCAUUGAUUUGGUGAUGAUACUGUUGAUAAGUGUGAUGAUGUUUGUGGUACAGGUGAUUUGUUUAUUGGCAAUCAAGUUAUUGGAGAAAAAGGAGGUUGAUCAAAGUGUAAUAUCAGAGAAAAAUGAUCAUCCCAGUGAGAUAGAUACGGACAAGUCUACUGAAAAUGGACAGAAAAACAGUUACAAAAUUGAUCAAAAUAUUAAUAAUAUUACAGGAGAAUAUUGCAUUAAUAAAGGAGUUGGGAGUAUAAAAAAGAAUGAUUCAAAUGGGGCCAUGUCUGAGAAGAAGUUGUUAUUCAAGGAUGAAAGAGACGACAACAUGAUAGGAGGAGAUGAGAAUAGGAUAGCUGAGGCGAAUGAGGCAAAGAGGGUGAACAAUGCCGAUGAACCAGUUGAGAUGAACCAGGGGAUGAUUGGUGGAGACCAGAACAAAAUAGAGGAGGCAAAUGAGACAAGGGAGAAAGAGAGAGGAGGAAAGACUGGGAUGAUUGGCGGAGACCAGGGUAAAAUAGAGGAGGCAAAUGAGACCAAGAAGGUGAACGAUGCUGAGAAGGUUGCUGAGCCAGAGCAGGGUAAAAUAGGCGGAGAUGAAACCAAAAUAGACGAGGCAAACAAGGCAAUAAAGAAGAACAAGGGUGAAACGAAGGGGUGCAAGGAGUGCCUGGAUGAGCACAAGAAUGCGAAGAACAAGGGCAAUGUUUAUUCUGGGAAGAAUGAGCACAGGUACACGGACUCAGAGUACAAGAAGAACAAGGAAGCAAUGAGUCAGAAGCCAAAGGAGAAGGCUGAAAGAAGGCCCACUGAGGCCGAGGUGAUGGCCAUUGGAAACUUCACUCCUGUGAAACUGAGAAGCCCACGAGUUGACACGAAGGUGAUGGAAUACCGUAACAACGGAAUAGUCUUCACAGAGGGGCCAAUGUGGAAGAGAAGGGAGCUAUGCAGCUGCAUG